AUGACAACCCGCUACCGAGUCGAAUACGCACUCAAGACCCAUCGACGGGACCAGCUCAUCGAAUGGAUCAAAGGUCUCCUCGCCGUCCCCUUUGUGCUACACUCGCAGCCCACGGCCGCAUACGACAACCGGCAGGACAUCCUGGUCAAGAUGGCCCGCACGGCUCACAGACGGUACGCGGAGAUAUUGCAUGAUGUGGAAGACCUGAUCAACGACCACAUCGCGCACCAAAGGGACGGUACGCACCAACGGUCCAAGUUGAAGCUGCUGGUUCCAAGCGUCGGGGUCUUUUUCACGCCGUUGCUGCUGGAAGAGGCGUUUGAGUAUCAAGACCGACAGCGGAGGAUCAGCUCGCGCCGCUUCGUGCCGCCUUCUUUCAACGAUAUUCGGUUGAUCUUGAAUUCGGCGCAGGUUCUGAGUCUGGUGAGGGGUGGGCCUCUGGAGCUGGUGACGUUUGAUGGGGAUGUGACGCUUUAUGACGAUGGUCAGUCAUUGACCGCUGACAAUCCGGUAAUCCCAAGAAUUUUGAGCCUCUUAGCUCAGGGUACCAAGGUCGGCAUCGUGACAGCAGCAGGCUACACUGAAGCGAAGAAAUACUACGGCCGUCUAUAUGGCCUUUUGGAAGCAAUCAAAGCCGCUGUGACCCUGAAACAAGUGACCAAUCCAGAGCUGAUCAUUCUGGGCGGAGAAAGCAACUUCCUCUUCCAACUUGACACUUCCGCUGAAUACCUUCUGAGAUACGUCGAAAGGAACGAAUGGCUGCUCCCGGAAAUGCAACAGUGGACUGAGGAAGACAUCCAAGCUUUGUUGGAUGUCGCUGAGAAAGCCCUACGUGAGUGUAUCUCUGGCAUGGAGUUGUCGGCCGAAAUCUUGAGGAAAGAACGGGCCGUUGGGAUCAUUCCAACCACAGCGCCAAAAGCUCGAAAGUUCACCCGUGAGCAACUAGAAGAAACUGUACUAGUAACGCAACAAGUUGUUGAAAUGUCACCAGCUGCACGAAGGCUGCCUUUUUGCGCUUUCAACGGAGGCAAUGAUGUGUUCGUGGAUAUUGGCGACAAGGGAUGGGGUGUUCUCGCAUGUCAACGAUACCUCGGCGGUAUCGAGGGAAGUAAGACCUUGCAUGUUGGAGAUCAAUUCCUGUCCGCUGGAGCCAAUGACUUCAAAGCAAGGUUGGCGUGUACAACUGCAUGGAUAGCAAAUCCUGGAGAGACCGUCCAGCUACUGGACGAGUUGACCACUCACAGCCAGGGACAAAGAUGA